CAUAUUAGUUCCGGUUGCGUCGACUCACAUGCUAGCGGGUUUUCGUAGCCGUUUACAGAGGAAACAUGGACAAAAGUGUCUUUAGGUGUAUUGAAUGUAACGAAAGGGCAACGGAGCUGCAUCGGGAUUACAGCAACGGGAUCCUGAAGAUAACUAUAUGUGAGUCCUGCCAGAAGCCAGUGGACAAGUACAUAGAAUAUGACCCUGUUAUCAUCUUGAUUGAUGCCAUUUUGUGCAAGACGCAGGCUUUCAGGCACAUUUUGUUCAACACAAGCUUGAAUAUCCACUGGAAGUUGUGUGUGUUCUGCCUGCUGUGCGAGGCCUACCUCAGGUGGUCUCUGCUCCACGGCUCUGAGCCGAGCAGCGACCCCGCUGACAUUAUCAGGUACACCAAGGAGUGGGAGUUUUACGGCAUGUUUGGAUUGGCCGCCCUGGAGCUGUCGGCGUUUUGCGGCAGCGUGCUGUGGUUCCUCUGGGCGGUGGUGGGUUACCUGCAGGGCGGGAGCCUCGAGCUGCGCCUGCUCGUCAGGGCCCUGCUGCUCUCCUGCUACGGCAAGGUCCUCCUCAUCCCUGCUGUCAUCUGGGAGCAUGACUACUCCCCGCUCUGUCUGGGCCUCAUCAAACUGUUUGUGCUCACUUCAAACUCACAGGCUAUCAAAGUGAUCCUGAACAGCAGUCGACGCCUGUCGCUGAUGGCUGUGUGUCUGGGCCUGCUGUCAGAGACCUGCGUGGCUCAGGCCUGCAAAAAGCUUCCGUGGAGCAUCCAGGACAUGUUGACCUUCGAAUGAACGUCUGCUCUGUCGGACUGAGACAAGAGUCGCUUAUCUCAGGGGACGGACAAGUGGUCGUGGAUGCCAACCCGUGCCAGAGUGAGGCAGUUCUUAAUGAAACUUCUGCACACGGGGAUGGAGAAGAAGUGGUGUUCUUCAGGUUCCCUUUUUUUUUUUUUUUUUUAUAUUGUUUUGGGUUGUUUGGUUUGCUGCUCAUGCCAACCAGCCGGAUCAGCUCAUUUCAAACCAACUAGAAACAUGAGAGGCGUCGCCUCCUGUGUGGCAGAGACAGCCAAUGCGAGUGUCUUACAGAACUGGCGACAGUGUCCGUGCUGCUCAUUCGGAGACAGAGCUCAGUGGAAGGGAGAUUUAUUACUUAGAAAAUGUUGACGGCUUAACUCGCAAGGCACAUGAAACGGAAGGAGAGACGAAGUGGUUGUAUUCUUUCACAAAGAAAAAAAAAAACAAUACAGUACAAACAGUCUGCAGAUUUAUACUGAAGAGGUGGUAGUGGCGCAGUCUUGUUUUUCCUUUUGGUUUCAAAGUGGGCAAGGAGCUCAUAGUCAAGAUUCCAGUGAGAUUUUUAUUUUAUUUAUUGCUUUCUUAAGAAGCCUCGGAGAGGAGCUCCGACCUGGGAACAUCCCGUGAGCUCAACUACUGUAAAAACAUGCUCUAGUUCCAGGGCCUUUCUCUGGAAGUGACACAAACACUGACCCUCAGGUUGUAAUUUGACAAUGACCACUUCUCUGUUUGGUCAGGACGCACCCAAGACUCUUCAUAUUCUUUAGCUCAUUGGUGAAAUGCAUACCUUUAUUCACACACACACACACUAGAUAAAUGUUGACACACAGGAUCAGUAAGGCAGACAUUAUUGGCUUUCGACUUUUUUCUGUUGAAACCCGGCCGGUUGGCCACGACAAAAACAGGAAUGGACACGCAAAUGCCAGGAAAUUAAGAUUAAGCAAAAAGGGAGGCAGCCAGGGAAGACAGGGAGCCAUGCCGAAUGCCGGGGCUUUUUUAUAGUCUGCAGGAGCACGGGGCCCAGGUGCUGCAGAUCAGGUUGGCCACUGCAAACGGGCACCGUCAAGACGGCGUAGGAAAAAACACACACACACACAUACUAGUACACACGCACACCGGCAGACUGAGCAGGGGCCGUCAGAGUUGUUAUACUAAACGUUCAUACGUGUGCCAGCGGAAUAGGAGAGGGGGCAGCUGAGUUCCAGUUUGAUUGAGUUUGGAUAUUCAACAUUAUUAGGGCCGGAACUACCAGUUAACUCUGCUUAACUUAGUCAGGUAAUCGUUUAAUCUAUAAAAUGUGAGAAAAUAUUUUUUUUUUAAAUGCUUCUCACAAAAAAGUCCAAGGUGACUAUCUUCAAAAUUGGUGUUUUGUCUGACCAACUGUCCAAAACCCCACAACAUGUAAUUAUGACAUGACAUGACAUGAGACCAAUUGAGUUAAAGGAUUAUUCGAUUAUCAAAACUGUUGCUGAUUUAUUUUGCAUUGAAAAGGGAAUCAAUUGAUCCACUAAUCGUUUGAGCUCCAGACAUUAUUAAAUUUGACUGUUCUCACGACAAGCCAGUAAAAAAAAAAAAAAAAAAAAAAAAAGCCCAAAUUAUUGCCAUGUUGUCUUCCUAUAUCCAAGUUGGGGUGAAGCCACUGAAAGUAACAUUUCACCAUCGCACGGCACCAAAACAUCGUCCUUGAAACCGGGGACAGUGUUUGAGGUUGCUGAGAGGCAUUUAGUUGAGUAAAAUCAUGGAACCCUAAACUGCAGCGAGUAUCUUACCAGUCAUCUGAUUUACAGUAAUCAUUAUGACACAUGUCGACUAGCUGCAAGUGAGUCAACUUAACAGAACCCCGGGCUACUGCCCCUGGAAUGUGGAUUAUGUGUCUGUAUACAGAACAACGCUCAGUCAGUAAAACAAACAUCCAGGGCAGACCAAGUGUCCGUGGAAUGAGGGGAAUUUAUUCGUUGCACUCGCCGACAGUAUAAAGUGACAGCCCCCCCCCCC